AUGAACUUAGCAAGUCAGACUUAUGUGUUGGUGGUCUUUCUCACCUCCACGGUGUCCAUAUGCCGGGCACAGGAGAGAGACUACACCGUAAAGGAGGAGCAGCCAGAGAACGUACGCAUUGGGAACCUGCGGAGAGAUCUCGACCUCAACCUGGACCCCAACAUCCGACUAUCCUCACCCCUGCAGUUCAAGCCCGUGUACAAAACAGGCGAUGUGCCUUUGGUGAGAGUUGAGGCCAACACAGGGGAGAUCUUUACUACCAAUCACCGAAUCGACAGGGAGAAGUUAUGCUCGGGGGUAUUUGCAGAGAAACGCUGCUAUUAUGAAAUUGAGGUGGCUGUUUUGCCUGAUGAGAUCUUCCGGCUGGUCAAGAUUCGCUUCCUGAUUGAGGAUGUCAAUGACAAUGCGCCCCUUUUCCAAUCCACGGUCAUAAACAUCUCUAUUCCAGAGAACACGGUCAUCAACACCCGAUACCCUGUGCCCUCUGCGUUUGACCCUGAUGUCGGGAUCAAUGGGAUCCAACAUUACGAGUUGGUCAAGAGCGUUGGAGAAUUUGGCUUAGACAUCAUUGAGACACCUGAAGGCGAUAAGUGGCCACAGUUGAUUGUUCAGCAGAACCUAGAUCGGGAACAAAAGGACACCUUUGUCAUGAAAAUAAAGGUGGAAGAUGGGGGUAACCCUCCCAAGUCCAGCACCGCUAUCCUUCAAGUCACCAUCUCUGAUGUAAAUGACAAUCGGCCCAUCUUUAAGAAUAGCGAGUUGGAGGUCACGGUGCCGGAGAAUGCCCCUGCUGGAACCUCAGUUGUUCAGCUUCAUGCGACGGAUGCAGAUCUAGGAUCCAAUGCUCAGAUUCACUUUGCCUUCAGUAAUCAGAUUUCUGCCUCAACAAAGCGUCACUUUGCCAUUGACAGCACAACAGGAUUGAUCACUGUAAAGCAGUCACUGGAUAGGGAGUUGACCCCUGUUCACAAGCUUAUCGUUCUGGCCAGUGAUGGAAGCUCAACACCCUCAAGGGCUACGGUGACUAUCAAUGUUACAGAUGUUAAUGACAAUGUUCCAUCCAUUGACACUCGCUACAUAAUCAACUUGGUGAACGGGACUGUUCUGUUGUCUGAGAAUGCCCCCCUCAACACCAAAAUAGCCCUCAUUACAGUUACAGACAGAGAUGCAGACCUCUAUGGAAAGGUCACUUGUUACACUGACCAUGAUGUUCCAUUUCGGCUGAAGCCUGUCUUUAAUGAUCAGUUUUUAUUAGAGACAGCUGCUCCACUCGAUUAUGAGACAACUCGAGAAUAUGCAAUUAGGAUAGUGGCCUCAGAUAGGGGAACGCCUCCUUUAAACACUUCAGCUAUGGUUUUAAUUAAAAUCAAGGAUGAGAAUGACAAUGCACCCAUCUUCCCCCAACCAGAAAUCCAACUUUCCAUCCCAGAGAAUAAUGACCCGUCCUCACAGUUAAUAAAAAUCAGUGCCACUGAUGCCGAUAGUGGACAUAACGCUGAGAUUAUUUAUACCCUUGGCCCCGAUGCACCCGAUGGGUUUAACAUAGACAGACGGUCAGGAAUCCUUUCGGUUGGAAAACGACUAGACAGAGAGAAGCAGGAGAGGUACUCCUUCACUGUCAUAGGCAGGGACAAUGGUUCAUCGUCCCUGCAGAGCAAUGUCACUGUUAGGCUAAUCGUUCAGGACCUUAAUGACAACAGCCCGGCUUUCACUCACCCCGAGUACAACUUCUAUGUGCCUGAAAACCUUCCUCUCUUCGGAACUGUGGGCUUAAUUACAGUGACCGACGCAGAUGCAGGAGAUAAUGCCAUUGUGACUCUGUCCAUUUUGAACGGGAAAGACCAUUUCAUUAUUGACCCUCAAACUGGUGUAAUCAAGCCCAAUAUCAGUUUCGACCGGGAGCAGCAGAGUUCUUACACAUUUAUGGUCAAAGCAGUGGAUGGAGGACAACCGCCCAGCUCUUCGUAUGCUAAGGUCACUAUAAAUGUGGUUGAUGUAAAUGACAAUCGCCCUGUGUUUGUUGUUCCUGCUUCUAAUUACUCAUAUGACCUAGUGCGGACCACCACCACCCCUGGUGAUGUUGUUACAAGAGUGUUUGCCAUUGACAAUGACACAGGUAUGAAUGCUGAGCUUCAAUAUAGCAUUACCAGCAGCAUCAUCAUCACAUCUCGAGUCUCCCCUCGAGGCCUAUUCUCCAUCGACAAAACAACAGGCAACAUAACACUACAGGAGAAAAUUGUCGCGGCAGAUCAAGGGCUGCAUAGGCUUGUUGUCAAAGUCAAAGAUCUCGGACAGCCGGAAUCAUUACAAGCUAUUGCACUCAUUCAUUUAUUCGUCAAUGACACUGUUUCUAAUUCCACUUUCAUCCAAGAUCAGCUGCGGAAAAGUAUGGAGACGCCUCUGGACCGAAACAUAGGGGACAGUGAGGUAACACCUCAGGCUAACGGAUAUGUGAUUGUUGUCAUUGCUAUUAUAGCUGGGACCAUGACUGUCAUCUUGGUGAUAUUUGUGACUGCCUUGGUACGCUGCCGACAGACACCCAGACACAAAGUAGUACAAAAGGGCAAGCAGAGUGGUGAGUGGGUAUCACCUAACCAAGAGAGCCGACAAAUCAAAAAGAAGAAAAAGAGAAAGAAGCGAUCCCCCAAGAGCCUUCUCUUGAACUUUGUGACCAUAGAUGAAUCUAAGCCUGAUGACCCUACACAUGAGCAUGUUAACGGUACGCUGGAUCUCCCGGUGGAGCUAGAGGAGCAAACAAUGGGGAAGUAUAACUGGGCCACCACACCCACCACCUUCAAACCCGACAGCCCGGACUUAGCCAAGCAUUACAAAUCUGCAUCCCCUCAGCCUUCAUUUCAAAUCAAACCAGAGACUCCAGUGGCCCCAAAGAAGCAUCACGUGAUCCAGGAGCUCCCUCUGGACAACACAUUUGUGGUGGGCUGUGACACGCUCUCCAAGUGCUCCUCAACAGGCUCUGACCCAUACAGUGUCUCAGAGUGCGGCUGUCAGGGGGGAUUCAAGACUCCAGGGCAAAUCACCACUCGGCAGAAUGGGAUCCAGACACCAGAGAGGUCUUUUAACUCACCACCUAUUUGUCCUCAUAAGGAGGCCUGUCAACUUGGGAAGAUAGCGUCUGUGAAUACCCAGCGCCGAGUGACGUUCCAUCUUCCAGAUGGUUCCCAGGAAAGCUGCAGUGAUAGUGGAUUGGGCGAUCCAGAACCAAGUAGCACGGCUAGUACUUCCCAGGCGCUUCCAUUCAGCUUACCCCAUGAGGAGUACUAUGAACAAACAUCGCCUAAUAGUCGCACAGAGGGAGAUGGAAACUCAGACCCGGAAUCAACCAUCGAAGUGAACCUCCAGAAAGCUUUGGCUGAGGCGUCCGAGACCUGUACUCAAGAAUGUCUGAUACUGGGCCACUCCGACACUUGCUGGAUGCCCCCAACCCUGAGCCAAUUCCAGAGUCCAGCCAGUGGAAGCCCCGCCUCAACCCCUACGUCCACUGCCAUCUCUGGUACGCUUCCAUCCUUUGGCUUCCAGCAGAGCUGUGUCAGGGGAGUCAAGGUUAACAUGGGCAGCCUCAGUACCAUGGAUGGUCGGCACACGCUGGGAAGGUCUGUGCCUAAAAAAGACGAGCUGGACAAUGGGCUAAACAGGCCACAGUUCUACAACACCUUGGAUAGACACUGCAGUAAGAAGGAGGACACCGUCAAGGUCAUCCCCCUGGCAAGCUUCUCAUCUCCUGGAAAGCAGACAGCAACCGGUGGGGGUAGCAGCUCCUUCCUACAUGAGCACCAGCUGUAA